AUGAAAUCAGGCUUCAUUACCGUCAGAGAGGCAACGGCCGACCCAGACCCGGACACCCCUCAGCCCACACCUUUCCCCAUCCGCAUCGUCCAAGAUCCGCCCCCGCCGCCGCCCUCGGACAUGGACGUGAACGUCCCUCCCCCACCUGGCUCCAUCAAGUUCCGCAAUGACAACUUCUAUGAGUCUUGGGACAAGUUCCUAGCGCUCGAGCCGAAUCGCGGUCAGCGGCUUUCGAGGGCCCAGCGCGCUGUGAAUGUCGAGCAAGCGGAAGUCGAGGGCGCGGAAGGAAAGAAAGUGCAGGAGAAUGCCGCCACGAGCUGGGAGCAGGCGGCGGAGAGUUGUCGGAAGAAGGUCGCGGCCAUCGUGGAGGAAUGCACGAGGCUGAACCAGAAGUAUCGAGAUGCGAUAUUUGACUUGGAAGCGAGUGCUGUGCAGCGAAUAGAAGCGCCACCGUGGAUCAAGCGGGUGGAAGACAUCUUCGACGAUCCUCAAUUCUUCAUCGAUGGAGCGACACCGCAAGAUGUGCAUCAAGGGAGCGGAGGUGACUGCUGGUUCCUAGCUGCGCUGAUGGCAGUGAGCGCCAAGAAGGAGCUUAUCGAUCAGCUCUGCGUGGCAAGAGAUGAGAAUGCUGGUGUAUACGGAUUUGUGUUUUACAGAGACGGCGAAUGGAUCUACGAAGUGAUCGAUGACAAGCUCUUUCUCCGCGUCGGCGACGAUGACAACGUCACGGUUGUCCGCGACUGGCAGAAGGAAAAGAAGGAGGGCAUGGCUUUAUUCCAUCCGGAUGAAGAGAAGCUGAUGUCCCAACUCCAGCGUGGCGGUGAAGCCCUGUACUUCUCCCACUGCAAGAGCUCCGAGACCUGGCUUCCGCUGAUCGAGAAGGCGUAUGCGAAAGCGCAUGGCGACUACUACGCCAUCGAAGGCGGCUACGCGUCCGAAGCGAUCGAGGACUUGACCGGCGGCGUCGGAGCCCACAUCAACCCUGAAGACAUCAUGGACAAGGACCGUUUCUGGCGCGAGCAGCUGUCUCGAGUCAAUGAGAAAUAUCUCUUCGGCGGCGGAAGCAAGCCAAACGCAACUAAGGGUUUCGUUGGCGGUCAUGCUUACGCUGUACUGAAGACGUACGAGGAAGGAGACCUGAAGCUGCUCAAGCUGAGGAACCCUUGGGGUGAGACUGAAUGGAAUGGCGACUGGUCUGACGGCAGCAAGCUCUGGACGCCGGAGAUGAUGACCAAGCUCAACCAUACAUUCGGCGACGAUGGGAUUUUCUGGAUCAGCUACAAGGAUUUUCUCAAGCACUUCCCCAGCAUCAACCGCGUGCGGCUCUUCAACAAGGACUGGCAGGUCGCCCAGCAAUGGACGUCGGUCAAUGUACCCUGGACUGUCGAUUAUCUGGACACGAAGUUCCAAUUCACCAUCAGCGACAAGUGUCCUGUGGUUAUCGUGCUGUCCCAGCCAGACGACCGCUACUUCUACGGACUCAGCGGCCGCUUCUGUUUUUCCCUGCACUUCCGCGUAUACAAAGAAGGCGAGGAAGAUGACCGGUAUAUCGUACGCAGCAUGCACAACAGUGGCAACGAGACAGUCUUUACUCGUUCUGUAUCCGCUGAAAUCGAGGACCUGGAGCCAGGGACAUACAACGUCGUCUUCAAAGUCACAGCUGUACGGACCGCCGCAGCCAUGACCGCCGAGGAGUCGAUCAUGAAGUUCGCUGUGGAGCGGAAAGAGAAGCUGCUGCACGUUGGUCGUAGAUUCGACUACGCGCAGACGAAGGGCAACUUGCGAGCCAUGGAAGAGGCGAACAAGAAGCAAAAGGUGUCGGGUCAUCGGCAGUCGAGCAUCAGGAGAGCGAAGAAGAGUAGGACGUUGAAGCAAAAGCAAAAAGAACAGGCGAGAGGGCGGAAGAAGAGGAUUGAUGAUGCUAUGCGGGAGAAGAGGAUAGCUUAUCAUGAGAAGAGAAGGCAAAAGGAGAAGGAGAGGCAGGAGAGGAGGAGAGCGCAGAGAAGCGAGGGUAGUGAUGGUAAGACGGAAAGUGUAACGCCGCUGACCGAGGAAUCGCCGGUGAAGAAUGACGAGGAGGCAGAUGCGAAGGCCGGAGCGGAAGCUAAGAGGCCUGAAGCAGAGACAGAUGGGAAGUCAGGUCAGGAAGCGAGCAAGGCCAAAGACGAAAACGAGAAGAGCGACGAGCCUGCCACCGCGGAAGCCGAGACUACUCUCGCAGAAGACAUCUCCCGCCUCAAACUCCAGCAAUCCCGCUCAAGCAGCAGCCGCACCGACCCAGUCUCCCCUCUCGACAACGGAGAAGACGACGGGUACGAAUCUCCUGUUGAGCCCCCCGAAGAGAUGGAAGAUGAUGACUUUGACUGGGAUUCUGAGUUGUAA